AUGGAUUCGCCCAGCCCCAGCCCGGCGGUCGAGUAUCCAAGCAACCUGCUCAAAGACUGGAACAUCACCAGCAACCAGGUGUCGGACCACCAGCUCCUGACAGGGCUGUGGUUCAACACAGUCCUGGGGGCGGCAUGCUUCGUAUCCUUCUGCUUCCUGCAGCGCUCCGUGUUCCCCAAGCACUACCGGCACCGCUUGGUCUCCCCAUCGGUAACCGUCAAGCCACGCGGCAUGCCCACCCGCGGCUGGUCCUCACUAUGGCAGUGGCUGGUCAACGCCGUGUCGACCCCCGAAAAGGAGAUCAUGACGAGCGCAGGGCUGGACGCCGUGGUCAUGAUCUGGUCCCUCAAGAUCGGCAUCAGCUUGUUCAUGCCUAUGGCCAUCAUCGGAUGCGCAGUGCUGAUCCCGCUGCACUACGCGGGCUACCAGCGCAACCCCGUGAUGCAGGGCACAGACAACAAGAUCAGCCGCAGCCAGCUCAUGCAGCUCACGGUGGCCGCGCCGCCAGACAGGUCCCCCGUCUUUUGGCUGCACUUCGUACUGGUCGUGGCCUACAACUUUUACGCGAUGUACAUUUUGUUCUGGUACUUCAGGCGCUACGUCAUCAUCCGCCACAGCUACCUCACGCGAGGCGACGACCCAAACUUCUGGAUGGCGCUGACUCACCAGGCGGACGCCAAGAGCAUCACCAAGCGCGUCAGGCGGAUGCUAUUGGACCUGAACCUCACGUCCGAGGGCGGCGCGCGGCCCGGCGGGCCUGGCGCCGCCGCACCCGGCGCCCUAGCCAACGGCGGCGCUGAGGCCGCUGCAAGCGCGUUUGCGCGCGACGCGGGCAGCCGGCCGGCGUCGGUAAUGAGCAGCCUGCGGGGGCUGGGCGCGGGGAUAUCGAAGCUCUUCCAAUCCUCGUCGCUGGUCGGCUCGCGCGCCCCCAGCGCGACGCCCCCGCAGACAGAGCCGGGGACGCUCGCGCGCAACAGCGCGGCCGCGGGCGGCGGCGGUGGCGGCGCCCCGGCGGGCGCGGUUCUGGGCGUCUCGCCGGCGGCGCUUGCCGCGCGGAUGCGGCUGCUGCGCAGCCCUGUGCCCGGCGCUGCGUCGCCGGCGCCACCGGCGACCGCGCCGCCGCCCAGCCAAGAAAUGAGCGGCGGCGGCGGGGCCGGCCAGGCGCGGGCGCGGGAUGCGGGGGCCGGGGCGCAGGAGGCGCCCGGCGUGGGGAACGACGCGACUGGCGCCGCCUCUGCUGCUUCUGCGGCAGCGGCGGCUGCUGCCGCUGCGCACCACUUCAGGGUGGCGCACAUGAGGACGAUUACAGAGGAAAACUUGGACACGCUGCUGCGCCCUGGCAGCUCAGACGGCGCCGACCCGCUGUUGCUGCCGCCUGCCCCCGGCGCGGGCCCGGCCUCCUCGCCGCGCCCCACCGCGCCGCGUCCCUCGCCCUUCGCGCUCGGCGCCCCCUGGCCGCUGGACGGCCCCGCGCCGCCGUUUGCGCUCGCGCGCGCGCCGGGUGCGGCGAGCCCGCCGGGCGGCGCGGCCGGUGCGGGCUGGGCGCCGCGGGCUGGCCUGUCAGAGCCUGCUCAUGGCGCCGCCGCGGGCACGGCAGGCCCUGCAGGCGGCGGCGGCGCCGCCACGCUCCUUCCGAUGGACAGCGCCGCGUCGCUGCCUUCCGCCCUGGACGCGCCGCCACCAACGCAGCAGCAGCAGCAGCAGCAGCAGCAGCAGUGGCCCCUUGGUUACAACGGCACGGCCGGGGGCGUGCCGGGCGCGGGCGUCGCCGCGGCGCCGGACGGCCGCUACCUCGUCUCGACGCCCGACGAUGUCCGCCUGACGGUCCGCUCGCCGCGCCACAGCAGCAGCAGCGACGGGGCCGGCGGGGCCGGCGGCAGCGACGGCGGCGACGGGGGCGACGGGAUCGGCGAGGAGGGGCCAGACGCGUGGCGCGCAGAGACCAAAGCGUCAGGCGUGGAGGGCGGCCCCCCGCGGCGCGUGGCGUACCAUUGGUGGCAGGCGCUGCCCCGGGAGUCCCUAAAGCUGGGGGGAGCGCCCGGCGCGUCGAGCGCGGCAUCAGACCUGGAAGGCUACGACGGCUGGCGGGAGCAGCCGCUGCUGGCAAAGCCCAGCGUUCGGUUCCGCAAGACGAUAAACGCGGAUAAUCCGGCGUACAAGCCCUACGGGCCGAGGCGUGACCCCAGGGAGCGUCCCAAGGUGGCGGUCAACGCGCAGCACUACGCCGUCCUCGUCACAGACGUGGCGCAGUGGCCGUACCCAGAGCUGCAGCGGGAGUACGAGGCCGCCCGCGAGCCCACCGCCCGCGAGCGCCUGCACAGCUGGCUGUGCGGCGCGCCGCUCAUCGCGCCGGGGCCGGACGACUCGCUCGGCGGCGCCCCUCCCCCUGGAGGGGGCGGCGCCGGCGGCGCCGGGGAGCCCGGGAUUGGGCCGGGCGGCGGCGUCGGGCGCAAAUCGGUGGACGUGGGGCGGUCUGGGCUGGAGCGCGUGCGGGCGGAGCUGACGGCGGCUGACAGUUUGGAGGCAGCGGUGGAGACGAUUGAGAAGGCCAAGGCCAAGGUCGCUGCAGCAGCUGUCGGCUGGCGACGGCGCCGCGCUGGAGCGGGCGAACCGCACCCUUAA